AUGCCGUCACCGCUUAUGUUUUGCAUUUUGGCCUUCUCUGGAUGGGCAUUGAUAUCGAUGUUUUAUUUUACUUAUAGAAAUGGCCAUCUCGCUUCGUUACAGCAGAUCAUUGAUUCCGGGAUCUUGCCUGGCGGUGAACGAUUGGAAGCUGCCAUUACCGGUGUUUCAUUAUUGGAUCAGAUUUUGGUGUCUUUUAUACCAUUUUUCUAUCCUAUAGUGGAUGGGAGCACUCCAAAUUUAUCACUUCACUCUGUGAACUUUGCAGGGACUCUCGCGGCCAUCUGGACCUUAGUUUCUCUAGAGGCUAUGAGAGCCGGGAGCAGAGGCCGUCUGAUUGCAAUCCCGUCCUUCUUCGGCAUAAUGUGCCAACUGUGCACCUUUGGCGUAGUGAUGCCCAUAUACGUCACACUACACCUUUUCACCUCGCCGGCAAGCUUUAAUCCAAACAGAGAAAACACAGAUUUCCCUUUUUUCAGAGUGAAUACUUUUCUAUGGAGCAUAUCUAAUGGUUACAUACUACCCACCAUCCUUAUGGCCUUUCCCAAUAUGUCAAAAGGGCUGCUGCCUUCAAAACAGCACGCGAUUGCCUUUUGGCAACCCUGGCCCAUAUAUAUAUCCUUAAUUCAAUAUGUGCUAAGCAAAUUCUCUAUCAUCUGCUCCUGUUUUGGUCCUCAGAGCAACAACAUCACGUCCCGGCAAACAAAAACUCGAAAUGGUUUACGCCGGAUAUAUGCUUUCGCAUUCUCUUGCGCGGCUAUUCCCCACCUUGCAUCCUGGACUAUAUCGUUGGCUGCUUGGGUGUUCCCAACACUCUUUAGUCCAAAGACUGCAUCUACACUAGCCCCACGUAAUGUAUUUGUGAAUCAAUUUCCCUGGUCGUCCGCCCGUCCUGAAUCGUUAGGAGUAGGAACAUUAUGGUUUUUACAGUGGGAUCACUUGAUAGGGGCUAUAGUAGCGCUGGUUUGGACUGCGAUACUCUAUGCUGCUGCCCAUAUUGAAUGUCGAAUUCCGAUCAGCGGCUUUAAGUUAAUGCUGAAAGUGGCCACCUUCUGCGUUGUGGCUGGGAUUGCUGGAGCCGCAGUGGAAUUGAUGUGGGAGAGAGACGAGCUAUUACUCGAUUUGCAGGAUGCCAAAAGGGACAAAACCUUUAAAAGCCAAUAG